AUGGAGGAAAAGAGUCAAGUCGUGGAACGAGAGGCUAAGAAGGAUGAAAUUCAUGAAAAAGAUGGAAAAUCCAAAAGUUCAAAAACGAGACAUCGCAAAAAGAAGAACGAAAUGGCGCAUGCCACUAGUGAAAAUCAUAACCAUACCGGUCAUAGAGACGAACAUGACAUGCAUAACAAAUGUAAUAUCUGGAUGAAAGACAUACAAAUGGCUAUGGAAGUGUUUAAUAUACAACAAAAAGCUGCCAAGACUCAAGAAGAAGCUAUGCAAAAAUCAUAUGAAUUUUGGAGUACUCAGCCUGUCCCAAAAAUGGAUGAAAAAAUUGUGAAAAAUGAACCUAUCGAACCUGAUAAAACAGCCAUAAGGCCAGAACCAUAUUCAUUGCCAGCAGACUUUCAAUGGGAUACAUUGAAUCUUGAUGAUCCUUUAGUUUUAUCCGAAUUGUAUACUUUGUUGGCCGAAAAUUAUGUGGAAGACGAUGAUGCUAUGUUUAGAUUUGACUAUCCACCAAAUUUUCUGAAGUGGGCACUGCAACCUCCUGGUUGGUGUACGGAGUGGCACUGUGGAGUACGAGUCACAAAAAGCGGACGUCUAGUCGGUUUCAUUUCCGCUAUCCCAGCUACACUUCGUGUAUACGAUCAUUCUCAGAAAAUGGUGGAAAUAAAUUUCUUAUGUGUGCAUAAGAAGUUAAGAUCGAAAAGAGUUGCACCGGUGUUAAUACGUGAAAUAACUAGGAGAGUUAAUCUACAAGGUAUCUUUCAGGCUGCGUAUACUGCUGGUGUGGUAUUGCCGAAACCAAUAGCAACUUGCAGGUACUGGCAUCGUUCCCUUAAUCCAAAGAAACUAAUUGAAAUAAAGUUCUCUCACUUAUCUCGCAAUAUGACUAUGCAGAGAACUUUAAAAUUAUACAAGCUACCAGAAAAUACAAAAGUACCAGGAUUUAGGAAACUGGUUUCAACUGACAUACCACAAGCUCACAAAAUAUUAACCGAAUAUUUGGAAAAAUUCGACUUGGCUCCGACUUUUACGAUCGACGAAUUCCAACACUGGUUCCUUCCACAAAAUGGAAUAAUCAACAGUUUCGUAGUGGAAAAUGAUGGUAAAAUCACUGACAUGGUUAGUUAUUAUACAUUACCAAGUUCUAUAAUGCAUCAUGUGACGCACAAGACGCUCAAGGCCGCGUAUAGUUUUUACAACGUGUCCACCGUGACUCCUUGGCUCGAACUUAUGACUGAUGCAUUAAUAUCAGCGCGUAAUCUCGGUUUCGACGUGUUCAACGCGUUAGACCUUAUGGACAACAAGGAGUUUCUAGAGCCUUUGAAAUUCGGUAUAGGUGACGGAAAUCUUCAAUAUUACUUGUACAAUUGGCGUUGCCCUAGCAUGACAUCCGGAAAAAUUGGUUUGGUGCUCCAGUAGAACUCUAGAUCAACGAAUCGUUGUCUAGAAAAUAAAAUUUUCGCACGUGCAAGCUUACCAAAAGGAUAAACGAUAUAAAAAAGGGGAAUGGACGUUACGAAACUAAUAGAAAAGAAAAUAAAGCGACGUUGAAACGAGAACAAGCACGACCUCGACUCCUACCGAUGGGCGUUUAAGGCGCAUUCGAUAUGUAAAAGGAAUCGAUAAUUCCUUGUCAAAUUAAACAGGAUGCCCUAUUGAAUCUCUCGGUUUCGCGGACGUCAUCCUCGUCUCCGCCUUCACUCAUGAUCAUGACAUUAGGUCAAGGUCGAGAUCGUAAUACGCUUGUGCAGCGCGUGUGUAUAUACGUAUGUGCGUGACUCGAGCAAUGUAGAUAAAUAUCGUACAUUAGUAAUUUGCAGAAGCCACGCGGUAGGGGAAUUUUUCCUGCGGGUACAUCAAUCGCGAAGGCAUUCACAGUUUUCAAUAAAAACUCCCGGACGUUACGUUAUGUAACCCGAGAUCGGGUUCUUUCAGCAUCUUCUUGAUUAAAUAGGUCGCAAAAAAAUAUGCCGAAGUGAGAGUGGAAGAGUUUAAAUAAAACGAGGUCGAAAAUAAAUUUGUUUCCUGUGUUUGUUUAACCCUUUUAUUUUGACCCUUCAACCUCGCCCAUAAAUUUCACUUUCUCUUUACGCAUAGCGAUCGAUCGCAAAGAUUUAUGUCAUGUAAAGAGAAAAUCACUAGAUUCCGUUAUUUCUUUUUGAUACGUGUCCACAUCUCGUACGACGAUGUUCGACGUGAACGCUGACUCAUUAUAUCGAACGAUGGAGUGACUUUAACCUUCCAAAACUUAUAAAUCACUACAAAAUACUUUUCUGCCAGUGAAUCAAAUGUAAUUAAUAAACUAGG